GGUUACAGAGUCCCGCGAUCUGAAAGAAGGAGAUUGUUCGGUGUUUGUGCACUGUUGUUGAGUGUUGGGUCGCAUUGAUACUAUUUACGUGCGUCAAUAUCUUCAAGCUGCUGACAUGGCGACAGAGGAGGCGAGAAACGUGGUCAUAGCCGUAGAUGACAGCGAAUUCUCGGAAUAUGCAUUCGACUUCUACAUCCAACAUGCCCACCGCGGCUCCGACCACAUCAUACUGGUGCACGUACCAGAGUACUAUCACUUGACUCAGGCCCCAGCCUUGCUGACCGAUCCAGUAGUUGUGGCAGAGCUGAUUAAAGAGGAAGAGGUCAAGGUCAAACACCUAGUGGAGAAAUACAGUGAGAAGAUGAAGAAAAUACAUGUGGGCGGCAAGGUCAAACAGAUGACUGGCAAGGUCGGGGAGGCAAUUGUCGAGGCUGCCAAGGGAGAGAAUGCUGCAAUGAUCGUUGUCGGGACUCGGGGCAUGGGGAAGAUUAGAAGAACGUUUCUGGGCAGCGUCAGCGACUACUGUCUACAUCACUCACCAGUGCCGGUACUUGUGUGCCGGCAUAAACCAGUGUCCGAACACAAGAAAUAGGUCAUCAAGUCCUAAUAUGGGCAUGUAAUCAAGUACUCAUGUUUCCCAAUUAAAAAGCAGAAUACACUACUAUGAAGAGAGUCAAUGCAAAAACUACUUAGAAAGUAAAUAGGGCUGGGUGAUGGUUUGAAACAAGUAAUAGGACCACGCCCAUAUGUUGUGAGAUUUAAAUAAGUGUGCGUCCACCAAAUGUCAUAUCUUGUGAAGUGAUCAAAGUCUGUAGUCCCAAGGCACCUACUCCAUUCACAGAUGUGAGCCAGUCACACGAACAGGUUGUCUGUGAUCUGGUGUGACACACACACACACAAGCUUGUCACACAUUCAUGUGGUCUGUGAUCUGGUGUGAAAGAGACAAAUUUGCCACACAUCCAGGUGGUCUGUGAUCUGGUGUGACAGACACAAGUUUGUCACACAUCCAGGAUGUCUGUGAUCUGGUGUGACAGACACAAGUUUGCCACACAUCCAGGAUGUCUGUGAUCUGGUUUGACAGACACAAGUUUGCCACACAUCCAGGUGGUCUGUGAUCUGGUGUGACAGACACAAGUUUGUCACACAUCCAGGAUGUCUGUGAUCUGGUGUGACAGACACAAGUUUGCCACACAUCCAGGAUGUCUGUGAUCUGGUGUGACAGACACAAGUUUGCCACACAUCCAGGUGGUCUGUGAUCUGGUGUGACAGACACAAGUUUGUCACACAUCCAGGAUGUCUGUGAUCUGGUGUGACAGACACAAGUUUGCCACACAUCCAGGAUGUCUGUGAUCUGGUGUGACAGACACAAGUUUGCCACACAUCCAGGAUGUCUGUGAUCUGGUGUGACAGACACAAGUUUGCCACACAUCCAGGAUGUCUGUGAUCUGGUGUGACAGACACAAGUUUGCCACACAUCCAGGAUGUCUGUGAUCUGGUGUGACAGACACAAGUUUGUCACACAUCCAGGAUGUCUGUGAUCUGGUGUGACAGACACAAGUUUGCCACACAUCCAGGAUGUCUGUGAUCUGGUGUGACAGACACAUGUUUGUCACACAUGCAGGUGGUCUGUGAUCUGGUGUGACAGACACAAGUUUGUCACACAUCCAGGAUGUCUGUGAUCUGGUGUGACAGACACAAGUUUGCCACACAUCCAGGUGGUCUGUGAUCUGGUGUGACAGACACAAGUUUGUCACACAUCCAGGAUGUCUGUGAUCUGGUGUGACAGACACAAGUUUGCCACACAUCCAGGAUGUCUAUGAUCUGGUGUGACAGACACAAGUUUGCCACACAUCCAGGAUGUCUGUGAUCUGGUGUGACAGACACAAGUUUGCCACACAUCCAGGAUGUCUGUGAUCUGGUGUGACAGACACAAGUUUGCCACACAUCCAGGAUGUCUGUGAUCUGGUGUGACAGACACAAGCUUGUCACACAUCCAGGAUGUCUGUGAUCUGGUGUGACAGACACAGGUUUGCCACACAUCCAGGAUGUCUGUGAUCUGGUGUGACAGACACAGGUUUGCCACACAUCCAAGUGGUCUGUGAUCUGGUGUGACAGACACACGUUUGUCACACAUGUAGGUGGUCUGUGAUCUGGUGUGACAGACACAAGUUUGUCACACAUCCAGGAUGUCUGUGAUCUGGUGUGACAGACACAAGUUUGCCACACAUCCAGGUGAUCUGUGAUCUGGUGUGACAGACACAAGUUUGCCACACAUCCAGGAUGUCUGUGAUCUGGUGUGACAGACACAAGUUUGUCACACAUCCAGGAUGUCUGUGAUCUGGUGUGACAGACACAAGUUUGUCACACAUCCAGGUGGUCUGUGAUAUGGCUUGGUAUUCUCGCUCCAAUCAGAGUUACUUGUUUGCUCCGUUUGACAAUCAAGGCUAAACAAAGGAGGCAAUGCCUGGUAUAUCCCCCUGCAAAUGUCUAGCCAUUCUGGGAUUCAUUGAGCAAUGCUCCUUUGGAAGUUCAAAUAUAAUCUGAGAGCCGAAGUAUUUUCAAAAUGAAGUGUGCAAAAAACACAGAAAAAAACACGAAAUCCAAUCAAGACGACAAGACAGUUAUAAUGUGAAGUUGAUAUUUUCAUUCACGAGACACUCAUGGACUGUUCUUUUGUUUCCUGCAGAGUUGUGCCCCUUUGACAUGUCAGAAUCCUAUGAUUGUGGGUUUGAGCCCAAGAUUUGCCCUUUGUAUGACCCCUGUUUGUCAGCACACCCGUGCUUCAAGGUGUAUGCCGCCUCACUUGCCACAUGCUCACUUUCCAUUAUCUGAAGACUGAAAUAUGUUUUGUGUAUGUAGAUUGCUCGGUUAGCCCUUCACUGUUUCUAGGAUAAAUAUUCUUGUCUUGAGUACAUCCAGUCAAAAGUAAGCUUGCUAGUUUUCUAGUUGUAUGUUGUGUUCAGAGUUGGAUUGAAAUCAGUGUUGUCUGGCAGCAUCCAUCUUUUUCUUUCUGAAUCUCGGGGCGGUCAGGUAGCCUAGUGUUUGAAGCAUUCGCUCGUCACUCUGAAAACCCGGGUUUGAUUCCCGACAUGGGUACAAUGCGUGAAGCCCAUUUCUUGUGUCCCAUGCUGUGAUAUUGCUGGAAUAUUGCUAAAAGCGGCAUAAAACCAUAUUCACUCACUCACUCACUUUCUGAAUCUCAUUUUAUACACAAUUUAGAGAACUUCAGACAAUAUUUAGUUUGUCUAUUGCUUGUCAAAUCCAAUGAUGUCUUUCUGUCAUGGCCAAUGCAAUCUCUGUUUAAAUGUACUUAAGUGAACAUUAUUUUGCUCAGCUGAAAGCAUUGCUGUGAUUAUGAAGGAAUUGAUUUAUUGAAUUUUUGCCCCAAAUUAUGAUUGAAUACAAUAUUGUAUCAUGAUUUCAGUAUUACUUAAACUGUUAAACUGCCAGCUUCAUGGCACCCACGUCCUAAGGUGAUGAUGCUGGUCUGACUUACAAAGAGCAGCAGGAUCACCGUGACGAAUGUCUACAGACUAUCACUGUUUUUGAGUUGGUCUUCUUGAAUGACUCUGUCCCAUUCCUUGAAGCUAUGUAAUGUCUACAGACUAUCACUGUUACUGAGUUGGUCUUCUUGAAUGACUCUGUCCCAUUCCUUGAAGCUAUGUAAUGUCUUCAGAUUAUCACUGUUACUGAGUUGGUCUUGAAUGACUCUGUCCCAUUCCUUGAAGCUAUGUAAUGUCUUCAGUCUAUCACUGUUUCUGAGUUGGUCUUCUUGAAUGACUCUGUCCCAUUCCUUGAAGCUAUGUAAUGUCUUCAGAUAAUCACUGUUUCUGAGUUGGUCUUCUUGAAUGACUCUGUCCCAUUCCUUGAAGCUAUGUAAUGUCUACAGAUUAUCACUGUUUCUGAGUUGGUCUUCUUGAAUGACUCUGUCCCAUUCCUUGAAGCUAUGUAAUGUCUUCAGAUAAUCACUGUUUCUGAGUUGGUCUUCUUGAAUGACUCUGUCCCAUUCCUUGAAGCUAUGUAAUGUCUUCAGAUUAUCACUGUUUCUGAGUUGGUCUUCUUGAAUGACUCUGUCCCAUUCCUUGAAGCUAUGUAAUGUCUACAGAUUAUCACUGUUUCUGAGUUGGUCUUCUUGAAUGACUCUGUCCCAUUCCUUGAAGCUAUGUAAUGUCUACAGAUUAUCACUGUUUCUGAGUAGGUCUUCUUGAAUGACUCUGUCCCAUUCCUUGAAGCUAUGUAAUAAGGAGCCAUGCUGCUCGUUGUGAAAGGCGACUGGACUGGGUGAAUGUAAUCAGGUGGUGUGGCUCCGUUGAUUGUGUGUCUUGUCUUACCUGAGGUGAGAUGAGGUGAGGUGUUGAUCUGACCUCACCCACUGGUCUUUGUACCUUGUACCAUCUGUGUCUAUAUCUUGUCAGCAAAUCUGUAUCUGUACCUAUGCUGCUGUAAGAAACAAGAGAAAUAACUGGAGAGGAAAUGAACAAGAAAUUGAGUAUCUCAUGUACAUAGUUAUAGAACAAAAAUGUUGGAUUUGGAUGUAUUUCUCAUUUCUUGCUUUGUUGAUAUUUACUUUAUUAUUAUGUAUUGUGCUUCACAUCACCUGAUUUAUGCAACCAAUAUAUUGAAUCUAUCUACAUCCCUAAAUAAUCAUCAGUCAGUAAUAUAUUAUGUUUCAAGUCCCAUAGACCUCCCCCAUCAUCUCCCCCCCUGUCCUUCAACCCCCACUUUAAACACUGCAUCUUCCUGAGGCAGGGCGUUAACUGACUAUCAAAGUCCGACUUGAUCGUCGUGCCACCAGCGGCUGUUACGUGUUAUGUUACCUUCAAUGUCCCUUCUAUGUCCCUCCUAUUGACCAAUUAGAUUCCAUCUCUGAUAUCACUUGCAUUUUCUUCAAACAAAAUGGCGGCACCCAGUCAAGUCGAUCUGAUCGAUAAUCAAGAUCUAAAAUUGUAAUAAAACGGGUCCUAGUAGGUCUUCCUUGAUUGUAAACCAUAUGUGUUAUCAAGGCUUUGACAUUAGGACAUGGACUUACAAUGCCUCACAUGGGUGGACAUGGACUUACAAUGCCUCACAUGGGAGGACAUGGACUUACAAUGCCUCACAUGGGAGGAUUAUGUUUAAAAUAGACUCAAACAUUGUGUAUUUAUCAGCUUUUCAGUACGGUUCAAUAAAUUGCCUCACCAAA